AUGUCGCCGUCGCUCUGGUCUGGUCAGUUCAAGGGUCUCCAGAUGAUCGAGGCUCACAACGCACUCGGCGUCGACUUUGCCUGCCUCGGCAACCACGAGUUUGACUUUGGCAUUGACGCGUUCCUCAACGUCUCGGCCGCUUCCAAGUUUCCUUGGCUCAACGUCAACGCGUACGAGGCCUCGACCAAGAAGCUCCUCCGCGGCACCCAACCGUAUGCGAUCAAGAAGUUCAACGCGACGACGAUGGGCACUAUGAAGAUCGGCGCCUUUGGUGUCAUGUACGACAUGCAGGAUACGUCCAAGGGCAUGUACUGGACGGACCCGAUCACGGCCUCCAAGGAGGCUGUCAAGGCGCUCCGUGAGGUCGAGAAGGUCGACAUGGUGAUUGCGCUCACGCACCAGUUCUUGGACGACGACAACCGCUUCUCGCAGCUGGUCAAGGGCGUCGACAUGGAGCCGGCGUGA